CUGCAAAUAAAGGGAAGAAAUCAGACAGUCGCCAUUCUAAGAUGGAUGGUCCGGAACUGUCUAAAGAAGAAAAGCUUCGUCUCAGGAAAGAGAAGAGACAGCAGAAGAAAAGCAAGGAAAAGGGAGCUCUGGAAGCAGCUAAGGAGUUACAGGGGAGCGCCCCAGAAAAAGAUGCCCAGCCUGUCGCCCCACUACACGUCACACAGCCUGCAACAUCGCAAGUCCCUGUGGUGCCUGGCACCGAUGCACCAGCUGCAGUAGGAAAGAGCAAAUCUGAUCUACGGGCAGAGAGAAGAGCCAAACAGGAGGCCGAGCGGCAAAUGAAACUGCAAAAGAAAAGUGACCAGAGCUUGGGACCUGGGCAGGUGAAGGUCAAGGCUGUGCCCAGUGAAGGGCAGACAGUGAAGCGGCUGCCUGAGCACGUUCAAGUGGACGAUCCAGCAGCACAAAAAAAACUGGCCAAGAAGCUCGAGCGGCAGCAGGAGUCACAGAGUGAGCACAGCACUCGCGCUCAUGACAAGCAGGUUCCUCUCCGUAAGGAUUAUGGCAGUAAAGUCAGCAUGUUCUCUCAUCUGCACCAGUACAGCCGCAGACUACCGCUAACCCAGCAGAUGAGUAUACCUUCCUCUGUGAUACACCCGGUUGUGGUCAGACUUGGCCUUCAGUACUCACAAGGCAUCAUCAGCGGCUCCAACUCUCGGUGCAUUGCGUUACUGCACUGCUUCAAACAGGUCAUACAAGAUUACGCAACACCUCAGCAUGAGGAGCUGUCACGAGAUCUUGUCAACAAGCUAAAACCCUAUAUUAGUUUCCUCAAUCAGUGCCGACCGCUCUCUGCCAGUAUGGGAAACGCCAUCAAAUACAUUAAGAAGGAGAUAUCCAAUAUCGGCAGCAACAAAGGAGAAGAGGAGGCAAAGUCUUUGCUACUGACUUGUAUUGACCGUUACAUUCAUGAGAAGAUACACCUGGCCGCUCAAGCCAUCUCCAAGUCUGCAGCUGAGAAAAUCAGCGAGGAUGACGUUAUACUUGUCUAUGGAUUCUCAUCGCUGGUAACUUGCAUACUGCGUGAUGCUCGCAAGAAUGGAAAAACAUUCCGUGUGAUUGUAGCUGACAGCCGACCGCGUCUAGAGGGGCGAGAGACCUUGCGCCGACUUGUGAGCUGCGGCAUCCAUUGCACUUACAUAAUGAUAACUGCAGUCUCGUACAUCCUGCCGGAGGUCUCUAAGGUGUUCCUUGGGGCACAUGCCCUGCUGGCAAACGGAUAUGUCAUGUCCAGGGUGGGCACCUCACAGAUUGCACUGGUUGCUAAGGCUCACAACGUGCCCGUGCUGGUGUGCUGUGAGACGUACAAGUUCUGUGAGAAGGUUCAGACCGAUUCCUUUGUGUCUAAUGAGCUGGAUGAUCCCGAUGACCUGAUAGUUACACGGAAGGGUAAGUGUCCAUUAAAGGAUUGGGAGAAGAAGAAAUCACUACGACUUUUGAAUUUGGUAUAUGAUGUCACACCUCCUGACUUAGUGGACUUGGUGAUCACGGACCUUGGUAUGAUCCCCUGCACUUCUGUACCGGUGGUUCUUCGAGUCAAAAGUGGAGAGCAAUAGCUGCUGGGAAGACAAAGUUAAUUUGGGACUUAGAUCUUAAAUAAACUUUCCUUGAUCUCAUUGGGAUUUGAUGGAUUUCUGUGUGUCUGUGGCUCACUCUCUCCAGAGCUGCGGCAUUGUGGGUAGCCGACCUCUGCGACUUUGUCCUUUUACGAUUAGCCAUGUUGUUAAAUGAAUAUUUGCUUCAGGUUCCCCUUCCUGCUUUACAGAUAUCUGUAUAUGGUGGGAUCUGAAUAGCAAACCCAUUGGGGUUUUCAUGUCUUUAUUAUGAAACAGUGGUCUGCAACCCCCCACAGUCUGUAAGUUUGCCCCAUUCAGUUUACAGCUGAGUUAAUAGAGCAAACCUGAAAUUAACUGCCCUCCCACACCCCUUAGGGAAUCCACUGAAUAUUAUUUAUAGACGAGAUAACUUUAUAUACAUUGAAACAAAAUGUUUCACAUUGUUUUACAAAAAGUAGCAACAGCAGCAAUCAGCUUGAUUUAUUUUAUGCUAAAUUUUAUUUAAAAUAUAAUUCCACCAGUCAUUUACAUACCACAUGGGCAGUAAACACUGCAGUUUUGCAAUAAAUUUACAUAUUACAUGAUGGUUUGGAUUUACACCUUGUUUGCUGCGAUUGAUUUCAGUAUCCCAAGCCUACUCACCAUUUGCCUUAUUUAGAAGAAGACACCUAAACCUGUUUCUGCAGUAGACAAAACUAGCCAACGUUCAUGUUUUCUGUUUUAGCAAAACUUGCUGAGACAGAUUUGUGGCAGGGUUAGGUUUGUAAAGGCUGCCAUGCGUGAGUUGAGAUUUUUUUAGACUUACAUUAGAGGAAGAUGGAGGAAAAUGAAUAAUGAAAGCAUAUUACAAACUUGUACUGUGCAUAAUUAAACAUUUUAUAUUACAA